AAGCUAAGACUCCUCCUACUUAAAUACAAGCUUUAGUUCUAAGGUCAUUUAAAACCCAUUAAGCUUAGAAGCUGUUCCUUGAGGCAGACUUCAGUGGUAUUUCAGAAGAAUUUGAUUACAUCUGGACACAUUAUUCACAUCAACAGGAGAAAUCAAAGAAGAGGCAGAAAUCCUUAUAAUGCCAAUAUUCUACCUGUGAAUGAAACCUCCUCUCAGGAUAUCUUGUUAUUUUUGCUACAACUUGGAUUAAAUCCAAGUCUGAGAACAUGGCCCAAAAGGCAUACUUAUGUACAUCUUACACCAUAGCCAAACAAAUCACGGUAGACCCCUGAAUGUGGAGAUUGGAUCAUUACUGGGACUGUUUUACUUGCGUCUAAGGUCCAGUACACUCAAGGAAAGGCAUCUGAUUUUGCAUGUCCUACUAGCCCAUUGUCAUCAAAUAGUUUAUUUUAGAUGUCUUUAAGUUUUGUUUCACAUGUACGGGUGUUUUGGCUGCAAGCCUUGCCCAUGAGUGACAGAAGAGGGAGUUGGAUCCUCAAAACUGGAGUUACAGAUUAUUAGACACCAUAAAUCAUACACAGCAGAAAACAAAUGAAAUUUCAGACUUCUUCCAGAGAAUAAAGAUGCUCAAUUUUCUUGAGAAAUGAUUUCACACAUGAGAAAAAGCUUGACUUACAUGGUUAUUUCGAUGUAAAGAAUCUUCUUUGUUUCAAGAUAUAAUUUCCCAGAGCACAACACUUGGGCUCUCCUAGGAGGACACACUAUUUAUAAUCCAGUCUUUGAAAGCAUCUGAGGAGUGUGGAGGAGGAGGAGAAGGAGGAGGAGGAAAAGGAGGAGAGGAGGGAAAGAUAGAGCGAGAAAGAGAAAAAGAUUGCUUGUUACACCCUGAACAGUGAUCUCUCUCAAGACAGUGCUUUGCUCUUCAGGUAUAAGGAAGGAAAACAGCAGAGAUACAAUUUAGUGCCUACUGUGGAAAGGAGAGGACAAAGAGGUCUUGUGAUAACUGCCUGUGAUAAUUCAUUUCUUGAGAAACCAUAUUAUUGAGUGGAACUUUCAGCACACCAAGUCCCGGAGAAAUGGCUUUGAUGGGUGUGGAUACCAGAUGCUUGGGUCUUUUUCUUCUUUGUACAAUAACUGGCCAUUCUUUGGAGAUAAAAGUUAAUCCUCCUCAGGAUUUUGAAAUAUUGGAUCCUGGAUUACUGGGUUAUCUCUAUUUGCAAUGGAAACCUCCCAUGGUUAUGGAAAAAUUCAAGAAAUGCACACUAGAAUAUGAGUUAAAAUACCGAAAUGUUGAUAGUGGCAGUUGGAAGACCAUAAUUACUAGGAAUCUAAUUUACAAGGAUGGGUUUGAUCUUAAUAAAGGCAUUGAAGGAAAGAUACGUACGCAUUUGUCAGAGCCUUGUACAAAUGGAUCAGAAGUUCAAAGUCCAUGGACAGAAGCUUCUUAUUGGAUAUCAGAUGAAGGAAGCCUGGGAACUAAAAUUCAGGACAUGAAGUGUAUAUAUUAUAACUGGCAAUAUUUGGUCUGCUCUUGGAAGCCUGGCAAGACAGUACAUUCUGAUACCAACUAUACUAUGUUUUUCUGGUAUGAGGGCUUGGAUCAUGCCUUACAGUGUGCUGAUUACCUCCAGGAUAAUGAGAAAAACAUUGGAUGCAAACUUUCCAACUUGGACUCAUCAGACUAUAAAGAUUUCUUUAUCCGUGUUAACGGAUCCUCAAAGUUGGAACCUAUCAGAUCCAGCUAUGUGGUUUUGCAACUUCAAAAUAUAGUUAAACCAUUGCCACCAGAAUUCCUUCAUAUCAGUGUGGAGAAUUCCAUUGACAUUAGAAUGAAAUGGAGCGCACCUGGAGGCCCCAUUCCACCAAGGUGUUACACUUAUGAAAUUAUGGUCCGAGAAGAUGAUAUUUCCUGGGAGUCUGCCACAGAUAUAAACGAUAUGAAGUUGAAGAGGAGAGCCAAUGAAAGUGAAAACCUAUGCUUUUUUGUAAGAUGUAAAAUCAAUAUAUAUUGUGCAGAUGAUGGGAUUUGGAGCGAAUGGAGUGAAGAGGAAUGCUGGGCAGGUUAUACAGGGUCAGACUCAAAGAUUAUUUUCAUAGUACCAGUUUGUCUUUUCUUUAUAUUGCUUUUAUUACUUCUUUGCCUUGUUAUGGAGAAGGAAGAACCUGAACCCACAUUGAGCCUCCAUGUGGAUCUGAACAAAGAAGUGUAUGCUUAUGAAGAGACGCUUUGUUAAAAUACCCCUUUUCUGGCAUAAAGCCAGCCUGCAUAAGUCAUAUUAAACUCAAUUUAUCUUCAAAUUUCAAAUACAUCUUCUUGCAAAUCA